AUGGUGUUGCAGGACAUAAAGAAGUGUGGUGAGACAAAUCUCGUUGCAAAUGAAGCUCCUAAAGAGCUCAUUCUGCCCAAAGAAGCAGCUCCAGAUUGCAAAUGGAAUAUCACUACGACCACAUGGAGAACCAUUCAAUUGUCUUGGCCCAAAGAUAGCGCGGAGGAUUGUGUCAAGUUAGAAGGUCCCAGUAUAGCAAAAGAAAACGAGGAAUGGUGCGCUAAAACUGCAAAAAACGUGCAAGCAAAAGCGUAUGUUAUAGUUACUCGGAAACCCUCUGAACCGUCUCUUCCGGCUUCAAAUCAAGAGGUGAAAGAGAUAAAAUUAUUCUAUCAAUUGGUGAAUGAUGCCGAAUGCUCAACGGGUGUAGCAAAACCAACGGUGGAGAUCCAGUCUUUAAUGUAUCUACAGGAGCAGCCGCAUGGGCAAAUGCGAUGCGUCAAAGUUACGUACGCCGACAGUACAUCCAGUACGACCCCGCAGGAAAUUUGUGGGGAAGAAGGGAAAAACGUGUUCACCGCGGAUGUGAGUAAGGCCGUCAUUGUCACAUUUGAGAAUCCGAGUGGAUCUGCUGGUAGCGAAAUGGAAAACUUCAAAGUUUACUAUCAACUUGUGAAUGACAACAGAUGUGCCGAUACUCCCAAUCCACCGACGGAUAAAACCCAAUCGUUCAGUGUGGCGAAAUCCGUAGACGUCAUCCCGGCUGGUUUGUUAUGUGCCUGGAGUCUUCCGACGACUGGUGGGAAAAAGAUACGUGUGACGUUGGAUGUUGAUUCGGCCAAAAAUGAAAACCAAUGUGUCACAGUUACCGACGCGGAUAAAACCAAAACGGCACGUGUCUGUGGUAAAGAACAACAGAACACUUUCAUCUCGGGCGGAAAAGAUGUGACAGUCACAUUCGGCGAACAGAGCGCAGAAAAGACAGAUGUGGCCAACUUCAAGAUAUAUUACCAACUCGAUGUUGGUGUCCAAUUAAUGUCAUCCACAAUACUUCUCAUUGCAUGCCCUUUGGUUGGCAUGUACACUCUCAACUGGUACAUGUAA